UCUGGAAACCGUCGUGGCAACGUCGUUCGCUUAUGUUUAUAAUUGUAAAAAUAAUUCGUUGAUCAAUUCUAAUAGAAAAUUAGAUUCGAAAACCGAAUAAUGAAAGAGUGUAAUCCAUAUUUGGCUUCAGACGCAAUGGUUCUACUGAAUACGGAAAAGAAAUUAAACUCUUCAUCUCUAUGCUUUGAUAAAUAUGAUUUCAUGAAGAAAAACUUCUCAGUGGAUAAGUUUUUACAUAAAAAUCGCAAUGCUCCAAGCUUAGAACAAUUACGAGACGAUUUAGGGAUAUAUCUAAAAGAUUUGCGCGCAUCUAUGAUCGAUCUUAUUAAUGAAGAUUAUGCUGACUUCGUUAGUUUGUCAGCCAACUUGGUGGGAUUAGAUCAAUCUAUUGCAAAUAUAGAAAAUCCAUUGCUACAAUUUCGUAAAGAAAUUGAUAAUAUCAGAUCACUUCUUAACGAAUGUACUUUCGGGGUACGCCAACAUUUGGAUAAGAAACAACAAUUUCGCAUUCAGAAGCGUAAUUUGCGAUGUUACCAAAAGGUAGAUGAAACAAUCAAUAAACUGGGAAAACUAUUGGAGAACCAAUUAAAAGAAAACAUCAAACCAGUUGACUUAGAGCGUGCAGCGUUAGAACUAAUACAGUUACAAUUUAAUCAACAAUUUUGUUUGGAUAUUCUUAAUGAUGAACAAAAGAAAACUUGCGAAAUAUUGCAAAAUGAAGUAUUAGCUAAAUUAAGAAUAUUAAUGAAAGAUGCACUAAAAACUUCAAAUAGUACUUGUUCUGAAUUAUUAGAAAGAUGUCUAAGAAUUUACAUAACACUUGAUUCUUGUCAAAUAGCAGAGCAAGUGUUUCGCGAAGAUAUUGUUGCCCCUUAUAUGAAUGCUAAUAUUUCGGAAUAUUGCUUACAAAAUUCUCCUCAAGGACUAUCAGGAAUAUAUGGAAAAAUUUUAAAUUUUAUAUCGCUCCAUAUGACCGAUUUAUUACGUUUGACACACUAUACGGAUAAGCUUAGUGGUUUUAACUUUUUGGUAAAUAGUUUUUGGGCUGAUGUAGAAAUGCGUUUAGAAACACAUAUGUCGUCAAUUUUCGCACCCGGAAAUUCUGAUAGUUUUUAUAUAAAAUAUAAAUGCACUCGAGAUUUUAUAUCAAAGAUUGAAGAGCUUCUGGAUAAUGCAGACGCAGUAAAACUUUUCAGAGAACAUAAACAAACAAAAAGUUUUCAAUCCCGAUGGAAUCUGCCCGUAUAUUUUCAGAUUUGUUUUCAGGAGAUAGCCGGAGAGUUUGAAAAUUCAUUGGAACCAGUUCUACAUAGCGGUCUAAAAAAUUCUAAACUUGUAGAUACUCGAUAUCAGUUAGAUCCAUUUAAUAGUGCAAUCAAAGCUAUAGAACAAUGCUGGAAAGAAGGUGUAUACCUUGUCGAAAUAUUUGAGAAAUUUUAUAAGUUAAACGUACAAAUAUUUCUACGCCUUUCCCGAUGGAUAUCCGAUGUAAUAUACCUCACUACUAAUCAAAAUACGAAGCACCCAUCCCAAAUACCCUCUCAAAUCAACAAAACCGAUAUAUUAAUUGCACUAUAUGGAGAUAUACUAAAACUUAUAGAAAUAAUGCCUCAACUACAGAAAAUUAUAAAUGCAAACUUACCAAAUGAGCUCCAAACCGUAACCAGUGUUGGCGAUGUUAUUGAUAAAUCUUUCAAAGACAUAGAAGACACAUUUAAAAGUCAUUUGUCUGCUGUAGAGAAUGCACUUGUCAAUAUUUUAAUAGCGGAGAGCGGUAAAGAAAGUGUUCGUCAAGUAAAAGAAUUGCCACGAUUAUAUAGGAAAACAAAUCGCGAUACACCAACAAAAUCAUCUCCGUAUAUUGAUCAAAUGAUACGAUCAUUGAAAUCAUUCCAAAGUGAACAGAGCUUUCAACUUGAUAAAAAAGUUGUAACUGAAAUUUUAUUGAAAGUUUCCUCGGCGAUAACCAAAGAUUACUGCGCUGCUGUUAAAGACGUUCUCACAUCAGUGCAGAAAACGGAGGAAUCAUUAAGACGUUUGCGCAAUCUUAAAUCUGGAAGUGCACCUGUCGUUACAACGGGCACAACAACGGUAUCCGAUGAUGAUAAAAUACGAUUACAACUUCAUGUUGAUGUUAUUGCAUGGACAGGAGAACUAGCGAAAUUGGGCUUAAUGCCAUCUCAAGUUGAGGAUUUGUUAGCAUUAAAUAGUAUCGUAGAAACUAGCACGAAAAUGAAGGAAAACAACGAAAACGAAUAGACAAUAAUAAUCAUAAUAUGUGGAACUUAUAAGCAAGGUACUUUUACGACGCAAAGAUUUGAUUGAAAUUGAUCUACCAUGUCAUGGUGGAAUAAUGAUAAGGUGUAAUAACGGCUGUUGCUUGAUGUAAUUUUAACAUCGUCACGCUCUUUUGAAGAGUUGAUAGUUUUUCUUUUAGCAUUAUUCUUUAUUUCGAUUACGUUCCGUAUUCCAAUCCGCAAGAAUCGUACUUUGGUAUUCCGAGUUAAGAUCGAAUCGAAAGGAAAAAAUUUGGAAUGUGUGAAACUGAUGCACAACAAAGCUAGAAGGCAAAAACUAUUGAUACUUAAAUAAAAUCAAUAAAAAUAUAAUCACUUUUUUAAAAUAGUAUUCGAGACAUAUUCUAUUCGUUUUAGAAGUUUAGAAGAAAUGGAUACAGUAAAAUAAAUAUGUAUUUUUUAUUUAAAAUUUUGUAUGUAUUCCACAACAGAAAUUUAAAAAAAAAAUUAAUAGCACUCAGUUCAUUUCAGGGUUCUGUAUAUAAAGCAAAAAAUUCUUAAAUAAAAUGAAAUGUAUGGU